GCCUGUGCUCAGAGUCUGGGCUUGAAGCUGGGCCCUUGGAAGGACCCCAGGACAGCGGCACAGCAGCUGGGUCAGGCACUGGGCCAGGGUGAGUCGUGGGCUGCGGCCCUUGGGAAGGUUGGGGGCUCUUCCUAAGUCGUCUUAAUCAACUCCUUCAUCCUUCAGCCUGACUUUCAAUCGAAUGGCCCCGCUUUCCAUCCCGGUUCUGUGUUCCAGAGGCAGCCGCUCGACCCGCCCCUCGGCUCCUCCAUGACUGGGCAGGCAGUGGUGGUGGGAAAGAGGGCUUGUCAGGUGCCAUGUCAUUUCUCCCACUAGGAGCACUGCCCCAGGAGUGUGAGAAAGAGUUGGCCUCUUUGUGCCACAGCCUACUCCACCAAUCGCUUCUCUGGAGCUGGGACCAAGGCUUCUGCCAGGCUUUGGGAUCUGUGCACAGAGAUCAGAACAGCCUUCCNUCUCCCCGGGAUGGUAGCUCCUGCUCUCGAACCACUGAACUUCUGCAACAGCUCUUCCCCCCUCUCUUGGAUGCCCUCCAGGAACCCAGGUCAGCGCUGACCCUCCCGUGGCCUCCAGGUCUAGCGCCCCUGGCCCUGGGGCUCUGUACUCUCCAGACCACCCUGCUCUGGGUCUUGGGAAGAGCUCAGCAGCAUCUGGCAGCAUGGGCCCCCGGCUCUUUCUUGUUCCUGAUCCAGAAGGAUUUGCCUCUUCUAUUGCAUGAGGCACAAGCUUUGUCUAACCUAGUCUCCAAGGACAGCUUGGCCCUGGAGGUGGAGCAGCAGCUGGCCCUGCAGAUCCAGGAGCUGACUGCCCAGAUCCAGCUCCUGCCUGAAGAGUCACUGCAUCUCUUUGCUCAAGAAUGUCGUAAACAAGCCACACAGGGCUUUGAGCUGCACAUGCCAAGGGGUCGGCACUGGUGCCUUCAUCUCUGUCCUGAGCUGCCUAACGUUCCGAGUGACUAUGCUGGGCUGGUGGUCCGCACCGUCUUGCAGCCUGUGUUGCAAGGACUACAGGGAUUGCCGCCCACGGCCCAGGUCCCUGCCCUCAGCCAGGUGCUGACAGCCAUCCUGGGUGCCUGGCUAGACCACAUCCUCAGCCACAGGAUCCGCUUCAGCCUGCAGGGGGCGCUGCAGCUCCGACAGGACUUUGGAGUGGUCCGGGAGGUGCUAGAAGAGGAGCGGUGGGGCCUGGCCCCUGACCUCCGCCAGACUCUACUCAUGCUCAGCAUCUUCCAGCAGCUGGAUGGGGCCCUGCUAUGCUUAUUGGAGCAGCCCUUGCCCCGGACACGAGUCCACAGGAGGCCUCUCUGUUGCUGUGCUUGCGAUGAGGAGACCAUGGACUUGCCCAGCAGGAGCCUCAACAAUCUGGAGAGCUUGGAGCCCCCGCUUCAGCCUGGAGCAGCCCCGGCCCAGACAACUCAAUUGUUAAGCACACUGCUACGGGGAGGGGGACCUAGCCCUGAGGCUUACCUGGUGGGAAAUCAGCAGGCCUGGCUUGCCCUGAGACAGCACCAGCACCAGCACCAGUACCCCCGUUGGCACCUGCCCUUUCUUUCCUGCCUGGAGGCCAGUCCUGAACCGUAAGGAGCCCGGGCCCAGGGCUAAGAAUUCAGAGUUCCCCAUCUCUAGCAGAAGCUGCUGAGACCCUUGGAAUUGCAAGUUAAAGAGGCCUGGAACAGGGAGCUCAAGGAAGCCUACCUGCAAAGCACAAGGCACACAGAGCCUAGGGUCACAAGGAAGGUUCAAGAUCACUGCAGAGCUUGGAAUCCAAAGUCAAGGGCAAGACCACAGCCCGGAAUCUGGGAGGUCAACAUCCUUGAGAGACUCAGGGCUGGAAGCUGGGAAGGGUGGGGAGAGGGUUGGUACCCAGAGCACAGGGAAAGGGAACAUUUCAACAGGAAGCAGAGUUUAGACACCACUUCCAGGCACUGGUCUGAGAGGAAUGUUAUUCAUCCUGAUGCACAGAGGUGAAAGGGCAUUUCUGCACCUGGAUCAGGACCCCAGGAGCUAUUGUUAUCUUGUAUUCCUCUGCCCAGUAGUAUAUCAGUCAACUACGCUAAGCGUGCAACUUGCUUCAUCUUCAGUGACUUCCAUGAGGGUUACCUCCUGGUAGGUGUGUAAACCCUGCCGUAGUAGUGUUCCCUCUCCGCGGAGAGGACCGGGAUCCAAGACGGUGUUAGCCUAGAUCUGACACGGAAGGGAAAAGGCUACGUGAGAUCGACCUGUUUCUGAGCCGAUGCAAAAGGGCUUUGCAUUAUUAUUUUUUUUAAUUGUUUUCACCGUGACUGCUGCAGGACUAUUGGUGAUCGGCAGUAUUUGCUGAUCGGUAGUUUUGGGGCUCUAGCUGUGUGAUCCCAGCAGGUGCCUGCCUCCAGAUCAGGCGAUGGAAUCACCGCCCUACUCCCUUCCUCUUGGGUAGAGGAAUCCGGGCCGGCGGCCGAGUCCCGUUCCCCAGCCGAGCCGCGCGGGGCGCU